AUGCUUCGUCCACCAACAGCAGUUCGUUCAACUGGCCUCCGACCACCUGCGCCAAGUGGUCUUCGACCACCGAUGCCUUCGUCCCAUCAUCAACAGCAACAAGCUCGACGUGUUGCACCUCAACCAUCACCGGCACCAUAUCAACCGGCGAAGACAGCACACCGCCAAACAAGUCGUCCAUCGGUCAACUCUGCUUCACGUGAUCCGCCAGUGCAAUCGCGCCCUUCAAUUUUUCCACGUAACCAAGCUCAUACGCCGAUGCCAUCUGCUGCUCGUCGUACAUCAACGGUCGUCAACCGUCAAUCGACUGUUCAUAAACAGCAUGAACAAUAUGGUGAUGAAAAUGCUGUUCCUACGAGUUAUUCGAUAAAACAAGCAUGCGAACGACUUGGUUAUGAUUAUCGUCAUUUAAUGGAUGAAAAACGACGUAUUGGUUAUACUGGACCUGGACUUCUUGUUCCUGAACGAACAGAAGUUGAUGAAAUGCUUUUAAAAAAUAUCGACGUCCCAUUUGGUAUUUGGCUAUACAAAUAUGUUCGACUUUAUCCCGGAGAACCUUUAGCUGAGAACUUGAAUGAACGCCAAUUUGUUCCCGAAAGAUUAGACCAAAACGAAAUGAUUAACGUUGUUCGUCCAACAAACCGUACGCAACGACAAACGACACGUAUUCUCGACUUAUUUGGCGAUAAAAGCAAUACAAUGCCAGUACCCUCAAUAGAAACUACAUAUGACAUAGUCACUAAAUCUCAAAUGCCACCACCGCCGCCGCCUCCUCCUCCUCCAUCCAACGAAUUUCGCUUCGCACGGUCGACAACUGUCUUAGCCAUCAAUGAUGAAGUAAAUCGUUCGCCGCGUCGUUUACCCCAUCAUAAUAACAAUCAAUUACAAUUGCCAACAGCUAUUCUUAAACGUUCACAAACACAAAUAAUCAAUGCGAAAUUAGAUAGUGACUCGUUUGAUCGUGAUGCACAGAUCCGCGUUCGAGAACUGAAAUGUUCGGCAAUUGGACAAGAAUUUAUCGAACAACUAGAACGUUUGCGUUCCAUUGAUGAUCCCGAUUUAUUCACAAUUAAAAUUUCUAUGUUCGAUGCAGCGAUACAACGAAUUGAGAAAAUUAUUAGUAUGCUCCACAUUUGA